AGGUGAAGUGAAAAUUUUAUUGGAAACCGCUGGAAUUUUUGAGCAAAGUUAAGCGAUCGUAAUUGUGAUCCAGAAUCGCGUAUGGAACACCCCAAAAGCAGAAUGAGAAAAAUAAGUGAAAAGGGGAGGUCAUCAACCAAUGAAUGAAAGGACUUUGAACCAAUGAGAUUACUAGUAGCUUGCGCGACUGAAAUAUUUGCCAAUCAUACAGAUCAGGUCGGGGCAAAUGCUAUCUUUGUACAUGUUCAAGGGUGCGCGCACAGGAGAACAUUUCCUGCCCUGAUGCAUGGUGGUCGAACCGAAGGGAUUGUUGGAAAUUUUAGAGAGCAACAAUGCUUUUGGCUCAGAUUAACCGGGACGCCCAGGGCAUUGCAGAGUUCCAAAAUGCAGGUGGAGACACUCAGCAGGUCACUCUCUGUUUGACAGAGGCUGUUUCAGAUGGCGAUCAGAUGGACAUGGACACUGUGAGUUUGCAGGCUGUGACCCUUGCAGAUGGCUCUACAGCUUACAUACAGCACAACCCUAAAGUCUCCAUUUCAGAUGGCAAGUUUAUGGAUGGACAGGUCAUUCAGCUGGAGGAUGGAUCUACUGCAUAUGUCCAACAUGUAUCAAUGCCAAGAGCAGAGGAGGCCAACAGGUGGACAGGAUCCCCUUUGUGUGAUGUCAUUGGAGGAGAUGGUCUGAGACUUGAGGAUGGUCAGGCUGUGCAGCUGGAAGAUGGCACAACCGCUUACAUCCACACGCCAAAAGAUACCUAUGACCAGAAUACCCUGCAGGCUGUUCAGCUGGAGGAUGGCACCACAGCUUACAUACAGCACACAGUACAGAUGCCUCAGACCAACACCAUCCUGGCCAUCCAGGCAGAUGGAACAGUGUCAGACCUGAACGCUGAUGGAACCCUCGACCAAGAGACCAUCAACGUGCUGGAACAAUACACCGCUAAGGUGGAGGCUGAUGAUGUCAACUCCGUACUGAUGAGAGCUGAGCAAGAUUGUGGUGUACAGAUGCAGAUUGUGCUUCAAAGGCAGAGUGGUCGUAGUUCUAGGGAGCAGCCUACAGAGAAAUCUUUCCGCUGUGACUAUGAGGGCUGUGGGAAACUCUACACAACAGCACACCAUCUGAAGGUACAUGAGAGGUACCACACAGGUGACCGGCCAUAUCUGUGUGAUCACCUGGGCUGUGGAAAGAAGUUUGCUACAGGGUAUGGCCUGAAAAGUCACAUCAGGACACAUACUGGUGAGAAGCCUUAUCGCUGCCAGGAAGUGCACUGUGCAAAGUCGUUCAAGACGUCAGGUGACCUCCAAAAGCACAUCAGAACCCACACAGGAGAGAAGCCAUUCAUGUGCCCGUUUGAGGGGUGCGGGAGAUCGUUUACUACCUCUAACAUCAGGAAGGUGCACAUUCGCACACACACAGGGGAGAGGCCUUACUACUGUGCAGAGCCUGGCUGUGGGCGAGCCUUCGCCAGUGCCACCAACUAUAAGAACCACGUGAGGAUCCACACAGGAGAGAAGCCUUACGUUUGCACAGUCCCAGGCUGUGACAAGCGGUUCACAGAGUACUCCAGCCUUUACAAACACCACGUUGUCCACACACCAUGCAAGCCCUACAACUGCAACCACUGUGGGAAGACCUACAAGCAGAUCUCUACCCUGGCCAUGCACAAACGCACAGCUCAUAACGUCACAGAGCCCAUUGAGGAAGAGCAGGAGGCCUACUAUGAACCCCCUACAGAGGCCAUCGAUGAUCCCUCAGUGAAUUUUGCCCAGGUUGAGGAGGAGGAGGAGGAGGAGUCCUGUUCGGAACAGAUGACUGAGGCCAUUGGUCAGCAGCAUGUGCAGCUCAUAACACACCCAGAUGGAACCCAACAGGUCAGUAUCUCCCAUGCUGACAUGCAGGCAUUGGGAAACACAAUUACCAUGGUAACCAGUGAUGGCACCACCUUCACGGUUCCUUCCCAUGAAAUGCUUAAUGCAGAUGGUACACAUUCAGUUACCAUGGUAGCAGCAGAUGGUACAGAAGAGCAGGUGGCCAUUGAUUUGGCUUCCUUUCAGGGCAUGCAGACAGAGGAGGGGGUUCACCCUGUCACUCUGUUAGCCACCUCAAACGGCACACAGAUCGCUGUCCAGCUCAGUGAACAACCUUCACUCGAAGAAGCCAUCAGGAUAGCAUCAAGAAUACAACAAGGAGAGAUGGGAUUGGAUGAUUAGAUAAGAUAAGCCUUUCAAUUUCUAUUGAAAUAUUUGAUAUGACGAGAACAACUGAUCUAUACAAAUUCUACAGUUUUCUGACUUAAGGGUAUUGUUCUUAAAUCAAACAUGGAAUUCUUUAUUAAGAUUUGUAAAUAGACAUUUUGAUAUGGCUGCACCAAGAGUCUGUAAUGCUGAAACAUCCAUUACUUUGUUGAGUAAGAUGUGUGUUGCUGCAUGAAUGAGAUUAAGAAAUGUAAGGCGUGUUUGGACUUUUGGUACCAUUUUUCCAUGUGUGAAUAUUGUAUUCUGUGUAUAUACAGUAAAUAGCCAAUGUUUUGAAUCCAGCAUAUAUUUUAACUUUGAAUGUGUACAAAUAAUGGAUACACAUUGGUUGUUAAAUAAAGCAGUACAAUUCUA